CCUCUUGCUCCUUUAUUACACCAUAACCAAAGAUGCCUUGCUUCUAGGAGGAACAAACUGAUCACAAGAGAAGCAAAAAUGAUGAAAUCUCAGUUGCUGUUCUUGUACUGUUGCAUUGGUCUCUCCUUUGUUUUUGCUGGGGGAGCUGAAACAAUACCUGUGCCAAAUGAUGAAGCAUCAACCUUACUUUUGAUGAAAGGUAGUUUUAUCGAUCCGUUGAAAAUGCUCAAAGAUUGGAAAAUGUCAAGAAAUGAGGCUGAAACCAGAUCACUUCAUUGUAACUGGACUGGAGUUCGGUGCAAUUCCAGAGGCUUUAUAGAGAAACUUGAUCUUUCCAAUAUGAAUCUCAGUGGCAUUGUAUCAGACCACAUUCAAGGUUUGCGCAGCCUCUCUUUCCUCAAUCUUUGCAACAACGGAUUCGAUACAUCAUUGCCAAAAUCGUUUGCCAAUCUCACUUCAUUGAAGAGCAUCGAUGUAAGUCAAAACAACUUCAUUGGCAACUUCCCAACAGGUCUAGGAAUGGCCUCAGGGUUGACUUAUGUCAAUGCAUCAAGCAACAAUUUCUCAGGCUUUCUUCCCGAGGAUCUUGGCAAUGCAACUUCACUUGAGAGCUUAGAUUUCAGAGGGAGUUUCUUCGAGGGUACGAUUCCUACUUCUUUAAAAAAUUUGCAGAAACUGAAGUUUCUUGGCCUUUCAGGCAACAAUCUGACUGGAAAGCUUCCAAGAGAGCUGGGACAACUUUCUUCUUUAGAAACUUUCAUUCUUGGUUACAAUGACUUUGAAGGAGAAAUACCAGAAGAAUUUGGCAAUCUCACCAAACUUCAGUACCUUGAUUUGGCAGUUGGCACUCUCAGUGGUCAGAUUCCACCUGCAUUGGGUAGGCUAAAACAACUGACUACGGUUUAUUUGUACAAAAAUAAUUUCACAGGAAGAAUUCCAUCAGAGCUUGGCAACAUUACUUCACUAGUGUUCUUGGACAUUUCCGACAACCAAAUUUCAAGAGAGAUACCAACAGAGCUAGCAGAGUUGAAGAAUUUGCAGCUGUUGAAUUUGAUGUGCAAUCAGUUGAAUGGUUCAGUUCCCAUUAAGCUCGGAGAAUUGACCAAACUAGAGGUACUUGAGCUAUGGGAAAAUUCUUUGACAGGUCCUUUGCCAAUGAAUCUUGGACGAAACUCCCCCUUAAAGUGGUUAGAUGUGUCAUCAAAUUCAUUAUCAGGUGAGAUUCCAUCAGGUUUAUGUGAUUCAGUAAAUCUCACUAAACUUAUCCUCUUCAACAACUCCUUUUCCGGUCCAAUACCAGUAGGUCUCUCAACAUGUAAGUCACUUGUUCGAGUUCGAGUGCAAAACAAUCUAAUUUCUGGGACUAUUCCUAUUGGUUUCGGAAGUCUCCCUAUACUUCAACGUCUGGAAUUGGCAAAAAACAAUCUCACAGGCCAAAUUCCAGAAGAUAUAGCUUUGUCAACAUCUCUUUCUUUCAUUGAUGUUUCUUGGAACCACCUCGAAUCAACCCUCCCUUCCAGCAUCAUUUCCCUUCCUAAUCUCCAAACAUUCAUUGUCUCCCACAACAACUUGACAGGGAAAAUUCCUGAUCAGUUUCAAGACUGCCCAUCAUUAUCCGUGCUAGAUCUCUCAAGCAACCAUUUCUUUGGAGAAAUUCCGGGGAGUAUAGCUUCUUGUGAGAAGCUGGUAAAUCUAAACCUUAGAAACAACCAGUUCACUGGAGAAAUUCCAAAAGCACUGGCAACAAUGCCCACAUUAGCCAUGCUUGACUUGUCUAAUAAUUCUAUAGUCGGCUUGAUACCAGAGAAUUUUGGCACCUCACCAGCCAUGGAAAUGCUUAAUCUGUCAUACAAUAAGCUUGAAGGUCCUGUCCCCUCUAAUGGUUUGUUGAUGACCAUAAAUCCUAAUGACCUCGCUGGCAAUGCUGGUCUUUGUGGUGGCAUACUCCCACCAUGCUCUCAGAGUCCAAUAAAAGCACCAGGGCGGCCAAGGAACAUGCACAUCAAACAUGUUGCUGCUGGAUUUAUCAUUGGAACAUUGGUACUAUUAUCUGUUGGCAUAACAUUUUGUGCUGGAAGAUGGCUAUAUCAAAAAUGGUACUUAUGUAACAGCUUCUGCAGUGACAUGUUCCAAAAGAGUAACAAAGAAUGGCCUUGGAGACUAGUUGCAUUUCAAAGGGUUAGUUUUACAAGUAGUGAUAUACUAGCCUGCAUAAAGGAAGCAAACAUCAUUGGCAUGGGAGGAACCGGUAUAGUUUACAAGGCUGAAGUUCAUCGUCCACGAGCAGUUGCGGCAGUAAAGAAGCUGUGGAGAACAGAAACUGACAUUGAAAGCGGUGAUGAUAUAUUUGGAGAAGUGAGUCUCCUGGGAAGACUUCGGCACAGAAACAUUGUAAGGUUAUUGGGUUAUGUUCACAAUGAAACUGAUGUAUUGAUGGUUUAUGAAUAUAUGCCGAAUGGGAAUCUUGGGACAGCUCUGCACGGUAAACAAGCAGGGAAGCUGUUGGUUGACUGGGUUUCAAGGUAUAACAUAGCAAUUGGUGUUGCACAAGGGCUGAAUUAUCUCCACCAUGACUGUCAUCCCCCAAUCAUCCACCGGGAUAUUAAGUCUAACAACAUUCUGCUUGAUGCAAAUCUUGAGGCAAGAAUUGCAGAUUUUGGGCUGGCAAGGAUGAUGAUUCAUAAAAAUGAAACCGUUUCAAUGGUGGCUGGAUCAUAUGGAUAUAUUGCCCCUGAAUAUGGGUAUACUCUGAAGGUCAAUGAGAAGACUGACAUCUAUAGCUUCGGUGUAGUUCUUUUAGAGCUUCUAUCUGGGAAAAUACCAUUAGAUCCUUCUUUCGGAGAAUCAAUCGAUAUAGUUGAAUGGACUCGAAUGAAGGUUAAGAAAAGCAGAGGGUUAGAAGAAGUACUAGAUCCGAGCAUAGCUGGUCAGUGCAAGCAUGUCCAAGAAGAGAUGCAACUGGUCCUCAGGAUUGCACUUCUUUGUACUGCAAAGCUUCCCAAGGAUAGACCAUCCAUGAGAGACAUCAUUACAAUGCUUGGAGAAGCAAAGCCACGAAGGAAAAGUGUCUGUCAAAAUGGAGGUCACAAUUCUAGCAAAGAGCGUCCUGUCUUUAGCACCUCACCUGUUAUAGGUCUUCUGUAG